GCCCCUUCCUGCCGGUUCGGGAGGGGAAAUAUAAACGGGCUGCGGCCGGGGCCCGGUCCGGCUGGUGCCGGCGGACGGGCUGCUGCGGGAGCAGAGGCUGAAAGUGGAAGAUGGCAGAGCCUGAAAGCACAGUCCUAAACACUGCUGUGAAACAGAAGGAUCCCAGUGAGGCACUGGUCAUUGCAGUGACCACCAGGGCCAUCUUCAACCUGGAGAAGGAACACAAGCUCUACCUGGAGAAGGGCAAGGAGGAGUACACAAGGCACCAGCAGGCUAACCGGGACAAGCCCCUGCCACCAGGCACAGCCUUUGCCUUCAUCCAGGCAGUGCAGUAUGUGAACAAAAAGAUCCUGGAGAGCAACCCAGCAGAGAAGGACCUCUUUGACAUCCUGGUGCUCUCCAACAACAGCCCAGAGAGUGGCACUCGCAUCAUCAACAGCACCAAGCACUAUGGCCUGGAGAUCUCCAAGUUCUGCUUUGUCAGUGAUGAGGACUCCACACAGUACCUGAAGUCCCACAGGGUCAAGCUCUUCCUCUCAGCUGACAGGAGAGAUGUCUGCAAUGCCCUCCGCAGAGGGGUCUCGGCAGCGCUUGUCUUCCAGCAGGAGGUGCAGGCCCCCAGCACUCCCCUCCGGGUGGUGUUUGAUGGAGAUGCUGUGCUCUUCUCUGAUGAGACAGACCAGGUUUUCCAGGAGCAGGGGCUGGAGGGGGCAGUGCAGUAUGAGAGGGCAAUGGAGGCCGUGCCUAUGGGAGAGGGUCCUUUGAAGGCUUUUGCCAUGCACCUUGGGAAGAUGUGCAAGAAGUUCAGCCAGGAAGAAUCCCCCAUCCGCACCUACCUGGUGACCGCCCGCAGUGGCCGGGACAUGGGCAUCAGAGCCAUCAAGACCCUCAGGGAGUGGGGUCUGGCCAUUGAUGAGGCUUUCUUCAUGGAUGGGGCUCCCAAGGGUCCCAUCCUCGCCCAAAUCCAGCCCCACAUUUUCUUUGAUGAUGGCCUUCAUAACAUCCAGGGGGCUCAGGACGUGGGUGUCCCCUCUGCCUGGGUCCCUUCCUGCUGCUGAUGGGCUCAGAGCAGCCCAGGGGACUGGGACACUUAAAGGCAAAGCCCUCUGGUGGGGUGGGAUUUCCAGCAAGCCUCAGGGAAAGGGGGCAAGAGUAUUGCAUGAGAGUACAGACUACCAGGCAAGACCUGAUGCUCAUUUCUGCUCCUGACAUGAGGUUCCUUAGGAUAAAGCAAAGCAGUGCUGUUACUCCAGGAGGGAAGAACACCUUUGACUGUGACUGAGGAUCACCACCUACAUCCACUGGGACAGCUUUUCUUCAGAGAAAUAAAUGAAGCUAUUGCCCCCCACGUGAACUACAGAAGGUGUGAAACCAAGCACUUAAACACCCUGGCUUUGGCUCUGCUCCGGCAAUCUCCAAGAUACAUCCCCAGGAAUGUGGGAAUGCCCAAAGGAAGCCCUCGAGACCCUACCUCAGCAGACACCCUCAGCUUGGUUUCCUGAGGAGGCCUUUGGGCAGCUCCAGCCAAACUCAGAAGAGCAAGGGAGACUUCAAAGCUGUAAAAGACUUCUAUUUUUUUUAGAAACGGGUGCCCAGGUUGAAGAGAGAAAGCUGUUCCCCCCUUACAGGAAAGAUAACAGCACAAGGCACCUUCCCUUAGGCAAGCAGGCUUCUCACAGAGUGCCCACAGGAGACCCUGACCUGUAGGACAUUCAGCUCUUGGAGUUGCAGGAGAUGGGCCAAGGAGAAGGCUGCAAUUCAGGUCUGAUGUCCCUUCAGGAGACAGAGCUUCCAUGGAUGUCCCACCAGGAGGGCACUGGAGCUGGGCUGCCUACAGCACAAGCAACUCUCCUCUGGCUACUGUGACUCUGCUCCUGGUUUUCUUAGGGAGAAAGCACUCCCUCAGGAUUCACUGGGAGGUUUCUUUACCCAAGGCUGGGGGUGAGAGGUUGCCACUAGAGGCCACUGUGCUCCCCAAAGAGCACCCCAAAGCCCUGGCACCUUCCCAGAACAGCCUCAUAAAAAAAA